AUGGACGAGUUUAAGAAGGCAGAAAAAAUAAAUACCAUGGACAUUACACCUGAGAGAAGAAAGGAAGUUGCUGAUGCAAAGGAAAAGAUGGAAGGUUAUAGUCGCAGUGCCAAAGAGCGAUUUGUUACCCUGAUGACCAAAAUGAAAGGAUCAAACGUGCCAGUUCACUCUUCGUCGCUUCCGGGAUCGUCAAAUGCUCGUGUCGCUUCUUCAUCGCGACGCGGCGAUCGUGUGAAUCGAGUUCCUCCGAGUCGGUUUGGUAACUCCGGUCAACGUAUCCCGUCACGUCAGGAAUUACUGAAAGGUGUUGAUGCUAAAUUUGGUGAGCGGCUUCUUGACGAGAUGCUGGACCGAACAGGUGUUAAGCUUUCUGACGUAGCGAAAGCUGUUGCUUCGGAAUCAAAUCAGGUGUUUUUCAACAUUUCAGCUGCAAGCUUAACUUCUAAGUGGGUAGGAGAUUCAGAAAAGACUAUCCGCUCCCUAUUUCAAAUAGCAAAGAACGCCCAACCUGCUAUUAUAUUCAUUGGCAAGUUUGGCCACUUUCUAGAAUAUGAGAUAGAUUCGAUUCUCUGUGAUCGUUCUGAAAAGGACACAGAGGUCUCCCGUCGGAUGAAGACUGAAUUUCUGCUUCAAUUUGAUGGUGCUACUAGCAGUCCAGAUGACCGAGUGUUGGUUAUUGGUGCAACAAAUCGACCAUAUGAACUCGACGAUGCCGUUUUACGGCGGUUUCCGAAACGAAUUCACUUGGGACUACCUGAUGGACAGUCCCGUUUUACACUUCUGAAAACAAUCCUCGAUAAACACAACAUGUCUGCCGGACUAACAGAUUACGAUAUACGGAAGAUAGCAUCAAAAACUGACGGAUAUUCUAAUUCGGAUCUUGUUGCACUAUGCAAGGAAGCAGCUAUGAUUCCCAUUAGGAGUAUAGACAGGGAGAAAUUGGCAACUUGUGAUGAGAGCAAGCUGAGGAAACUUAAGUGUUCCGAUUUCGAUAAGGCUCUCACCGUAAUCCGACCAUCUUCUAACGAGCGAAGUUUGCAGUGCUUGUCCGAUUUUUGGCGACGUGCUGGACAGUUUUAG